AUGGUUAACUAUUACGAAGUGCUGGGGGUACAGUCCAGUGCCACCCCGGAGGACAUCAAGAAGGCCUACCGGAAGCUGGCCUUGCGCUGGCACCCUGACAAGAACCCUAACAACAAAGAGGAGGCUGAGAAGAAGUUCAAGCAGGUGUCCGAGGCCUACGAGGUCCUGUCCGACUCCAAGAAACGCUCGCUAUACGACCGGGCGGGCUGUGACAGCUGCGGGGCCGGCGGUGGGGCCAGCACCCCUUGCAACAGCCCCUUUGACAGCGGCUACACCUUCCGGAACCCCGAGGACAUCUUCCGCGAGUUUUUUGGUGGCCUGGAUCCUUUCUCCUUUGACUUCUGGGUCGCCCCCUUCAACAGCGACCGUGCCAGCCAGGGCCAUGGCCUGAGGGGCGCCUUCUCCAACUGCUUCGGUGAGUUCCCAGCCUUCAUGGAGGCCUUCUCCGCUUUCGACAACCUGGGCCGCGGGGGAAGCGCUACCCGCACCACCUUCUCAUCCACCUCCUUUGGGAGCUCUGGCUCUGGCAGCUCAGGGUUCAAGUCAGUGAUGUCGUCCACCGAGUUGGUUAACGGACACAGGGUCACCACCAAGCGCAUCGUGGAGAACGGGCAGGAGCGUGUGGAAGUGCAAGAGGAUGGGCAGCUGAAGUCGGUGACCAUCAACGGCAAGGAGCAGCUUAAACGAGUGGAGAGCAAGUAA